AUGCCUCGGUCGAAGAUGUGGAUAUGCCACGCCUGUGGGAAUCUCAAUGACUUCGACCUGUUCCCGAGGGAUUACUGUAUAAUUUGCCGCCACGAUUGGUGCGAUCAUUGCACUCCACUGGACAGUGAUUCGCGUCGCUUUUACCGUGAAUUGUGGGGAAUUCAUCACCAAGUGACCACAGACCCGCCAGUUACAGUCGCUGAAGACAAAUACGAGGUGGACAGCGAGGGAGACGCGGACUCCGAUAUUUCUGAGACAGCAAGCAGUGUCUUCUCCGACAUAACAGGAUCCAGCCACACCUCCGCAGAUCUCAGAGACAUGACAGAAGCCGGAACGAGUAUCCUGGUCGAUUUACUGUCUGAGGACCGGCUGGUUAUCUCCUGUUGCGAAGAUGCCCUGCACGGCGCCAGAUUCCGGGCGGAAACAGUACAGAACAAGCUGCGACGUCUCCUGAAGCAAAGUGCGAUACACAUGAAGAGCGAUCCGUUUCCUGAUCCCUACGACAGGUAG